UCUGUUUAAAAAACAGUUAAUAUUGAACAUAAUUCAGUACGUGUGAUAUUUAGUCCCGUUUUGCAACCAAAAAGGAAAGAAAUUAAAUACAACACAAUAUGUCGGACACGAAUGAUAAUGCCUGCGGCUCUGUUCUGAAAAUCGAAGCAGCUGGUUAUAUUGAUCUGAGCGAGGAAAUAAAAAAUCUGAUGAAACAAUUUGGCGAGCAAACAUUAAAAAUGGUGGAAACGCAAAAUCGUCGCAUAAGCAGCGAAGUGGCUGAAGACAAAAAAGAAUUCAAGAAGAUGCUUGAGGAGAAGAUGCGUCUGUUGUGCGGCUUAAAUAAACCGCAUUUUGACCCAAAAAUGACUACACUACAGCAAAUUGAGAAGGUCCAUGGCGAUAUUCAGCAGCAAUUUAAAAAAUUGUUUGACUCGGUGGACAAUUCUGUGCGUGGUUAUGACCAACACUGCGCCGAGGCUUUGAAAAACAAGAUCACUGAGUCGAAAGCUAAAUUUGAUGAAUUCACCAUGAUGCCUCACGCAGUUUUGGAAGAUCACAUUGCUCAACUACAGCGCAAACAUCUUGAACUAAAAAAAAAUACCGAAGCGUUGCGGCAAAAACGCAUCGCAAAGCAAAAGGAAUACGUGGCAAAGUAUAAAGCGACUAUCAAGGAAAUUGAAAUUCUCGAAAAAUAUAAUUUGGAGGCCCAAGAGACACUCGAGCUGUUGAAAUACAAACCGAAGUAGAGUUAAGUGUGUUGCCUUGGACACGAUCUGCUUUUUAUAUGUUUCGAUGAUAUAUUAACAUUUAAAUUAGUUUUAAGCAUAUAACAAUCACUUGGCCUACUUGAAUUUGGCUUACAUACUUGAAGAAAACUCCUUGGAUUCAUUUAACGACUGUUUUAAAUUUGAAAAAAUUAAAAGCGUUCAAAGAGCGCGCUUACUGUAUUUUUAGUUCAUAAUUGUGGCUUAACUCAUUUUGCUAAAACUACUUUACAAACUUAAUACACAUCCACUACUUCAACUACUGUAAUUUGGCCUAAAGCUGUUAACUAAAGAUAAUCAAAAAAUGAAUUAAUUUGUUAUCGAUAAGCGAUAUUUUGAACUAAAGAAAUGUAUAACACAUUGAAUUUAUUUGUUCACAUAUUGUUAAGUUUUUCUUCUUGUUAGAAAAGUCAGAAUCCUGGUUAAUAUUGAAUAUUUCGCCAAAAGAGGAAGUAAAACUUAACUUUUGAAAACCUUUAUAAACAAAUAAAAAUAUUCUAACCAAGUUAAUCUAAAUACUGAAUUGAUCAAACUCCUUAAGUUUACUUUGAUUGUUAUCGAAAUAUGCUGUUUUUUGGCGAUUGAUUCGUCAUAAAAGAAAACAAUCAAAACAGUUUAAAGUAUGUAAUCUCCAAAUCAAAUGUAAAUCCUAAAAAUGCAAAAUCCAUUUGACCUCAAUAUUCAAGUAUUCAGAUAGAGACACAGACACUUCGGGGACAACCCUCAGUGUAAAGUCAAUAUUACAACGACCGAUUAUGUGUGGGAUAAAAUCGGAAUCAGUUCGUGGGUCGAAGUGUAAGUAAUAAAUGUAAAUAUGCCGAUUGCCUGACCCCAAAUGGGCCAAGGGAGCGUGAAGUAAAUGUGGGCGUGUCAACUGGCUUGUUGCGGUGAUCAGCAGCAGCAUACGAAAUGUAGUAGAAGGAGCACAACAAAAAAUCAUCGCUUGCGUUUGCUAUUGACAUUUGACAGGGACGCGUGGGUUACAUGCCUCGAGGCAAUGGUUGGAUGAGUUGGAACAUAGCAUGCGGAGAGGUCUAGCCCAUUUUAAAUAACCGCGGGUGUGAUUUUUACCAGAGCUAAGCGACGGAAAUCCCGCCGGGCUGCAGUAGGUGGAGAAGGAUGGAGGAUUCAGGGGAAGUCUGCGAAGUCCUGUCAUGAUUAAAUUUGUGUGUUAAGCGUUUUUAAGCUGUCUGCUGGAUAAUGAUGAUGUUUGAUGCCUGCUUAAAUAUGCUGCUCGGGUAGAGAGCGUUCUGCUUUUUGAUUGCAUUAAAGGCAGCUACUGACUGACGACUUGGCACUGCCCCGAGAUGAUUGACUGGCGGUCGUUGCGGUUACUAGGAUGUUGGGUCAAAAGAGCGGAGAAUCUGUGCCUGAUUCUGACUCGAAACUCAAUAUUUAAUAUCCUUAUAUAACCCACAAAACUGGCAAACACUGUCUAGCCUCGCAACAACUCGUAUGCAUCCAAAAAGGGGGUCGAAAAAUAUAGUUGUUAGUUA